AUGGCGCCUCUCUCCACCGCCGUCCGCCUCUUGCGCUCCCCCGCGGCUCCGCGCGUCGUCCCUUCCCCGCCCGCCCGCCUCGCCGGGGCGCCAGCGCGCUUCCGGUGCCGCCGCCGGCUCCGGUCGGUGCGUGCGGAGGCGGCCAAGGAGGCGGAGGUGGGGGAGCUCAGGGCCGGGGUGUCCGUCUACAAGCCGCGCUCCUACGAAGUGCUCGUCUCCGACACCGCCCGCUCCCUCGCCGCCGCCAUCGAUGACGGCAGGACCCGCCUCGAUAUUGAGUUCCCGCCUCUGCCCAGCAGCAUCUCUUCUUACAAGUUUGAUUCUAGUUACAUAUGCACAAAAAUUCAGUCCAUACAUAAGAAUCUUGUUAUGGGACACUGCAGCAACAUUGACUGA